AUGUCCAGUAUCACUAUCGACCCCCUCGAAACCUCAGUGUCCAUCGUUCAUAUACCCGUCCACCUUGCGCAAAACUACACGAACGAGCUGUACUGGACGCUAGAGCGCGCGAGGGAGUGCGAGUUCUUCAACCUCACCGCGAACCGCAUUGAAAUCGCCCUGUUCGCCUCGACGUCGCUGAUCAACUCGGAAUGGACGCCUGACGAGCAUGUCCAGAUUGACGGGCCGUGGGGUGUAUUCGAGAUCUCGUCCGGAGACUGCGAGGAAGCUGAGGCCAACUAUGCGCUAACGAGAGAGGCGUCGCGAUGGACGGUGUUCUGUAUCGUAACGAGUCUCCCGCAUCUCCGGCACGUGUCCGCCGCUCUCGCCGAAGGCAACGUCUCGAUCCUCUACCAGUCGAGCUACUUCACGGAUUUCCUCCUGGUGAAGGCAGAAGACUUCGAGCGUGCCGCAGAGAUCUUCCGAGGUCGUGGAUGGCACGUCGAUGCUGUCGCACCUAUUCCGCACGCGCGCCGAAGUAGCCACUCGCCCCCGUCACCUCCGGAAUCGCCCAUUGCCGAGAUCACCGUGCUCUCGUCCCCUCUUGCGUGCAUAGGCCUACCGCUAGACGUCGAGGAGCGGUCGUGCGAGCGUCUGCGCAAGUUUCUUGUGUGGCCGACCAGAGUGAAGGAGGCCUUGCGGUCGAGCUCGAGCUCCUCUGGGCGAUCCCGAUCGCGGUCGGCAGGUCACGGCACCCGCCCAUUCAUCAGCUAUACGCGGACAGAGGACGGCAUCUCCAUCUCGACCGAGAUCCGCGUGCUCAAGUCGCUGUUUGACCAAGAGGAGGAGCUGCUGAGCGCUGCCGGUGAGCUCGACGACAGUGACUCGGAGAGCUCUUCGUCAUCAAUGUCGCAAGAGAGCCGGCGAGUCAGCCUUCCGGGGACGAUUCCGCUGCAAUGGAGCCAGAGCUCGACUCCGACGAACAAGUCAUACGUGAUCACACCAGUGCGCUCAGCCGUGUCUUCCCCGCUGCGGCCCAACUUUGCAAUGACGGGCAUGUCACGCUCCUCCUCAGGGCACAGCCGUACGCAGAGUGACGGUGUGCGCCGCCCGCCGCCUAUGAUGCGGCGCUGCAGCGAGGGCGCUGGCGCAUCGCUUCGCAAUUGGACCUGGGGCAGGAGCUCAAUGGGCUUGGAGGCUGUCGAGAGCGAGAUUGGCAAGUUGGGCCCGGCGCUCGAGCGCAUUCAGCAGGCGCAGGACUGGGACGAGCCCGACGACAGCGGCAUGCCGACGCCCGACUUCAAGAACGACCCGGUCGAGUCGAGCCGCACGAUGCGCUGCCUGCAGUUAGAUCUCCGGUCGCUGGAUAGUAGCACGUAUCAUCUGGACAAAUCCGGUCUCGUGACCAAGUUUUCGGACCUGCUGCACUCGAACGGGGUGCGAAUGCUGUACUCGAGCACGACGAACACGGCCAACAUUCUCGUGCGGGGCCGCGACGUGCUGACGGCGGAGGCUCUGCUGCGUGCACCGCCAGAACCGGAAUCGGACCCGGACGUUGCUAUGGACGACGCCGAGGCAUGA